CACAGCUCAAGAGCAUGUUUCGCUUGUAGAAAUGUUUGAUUUUUAGGCAAAAACAACGAAAAAAAACAACAAAAUAUGUUAAGUAAAAUUUGUUUAAUAUACAUUCCACUGUGCCUGCUGCCAGGUUCAAAUCCCGUCUUCGCCUUGGGAAGCAGCAAAGGAGCAACAACUCCGGCAGCCAGCAAUGCGAACGCGACUGAUUUGAUGCAUUUAAUACUGGCACACAUGCUGUCCGAGGCGGAUGCAGCACACAACUUUGUCAUAGCACCACAGGAAAUACUCGAAUUGUACCUGCAGCUGCAUGGCACUGACAAAGAAAUCGCCGCCAUGCACACAGCCGCCGAUGCUGCCGAACAGCAGGAUGGACGGGCAAGCAAUGAAGUCAGUGCCAGCACCAGCGUCAGCGUCUCCAAUGACAGCAGCACAGAGGAGUUCGAUGAGUUCUUCCCCACUACCCGUAGCACGAUUGUGGUCAGCAACACGCUGUACGCCGAUGUCUACAACACACAAAGGUUUACACGGAAAUUGAAAAAUCUACAAUUUGUGCUGCUUGCCGAGGAGAGCGCGGAGAACACAGCGGAUGGAGAGAAUGAUGGCGAGACGAAGACUAACAAAAGCGCCGAGAGUAGUAAAAGCAAUGAGUAUGACAAGAAUAUCGAUAAUAAUGAUGCUGCGCUGGGUGUAGCCAGCAAGGUGCAUAACAACAAAAGUAGCAAAAACAACGCAAACAACAAAAUAAACAACCGCAACAACAAACGCAACGAACUAAUCAAUGCGGUGCGUAUAAACUCACGCUGGGCGCACAAUUUCCAAAAGCGUGAUACGCACAAACGCCAAUUUUACAUGCCACAAACGCACACACACGCCUACCUGAACGCCAUGCGCAAAGACGACAUUUUCCCCUACGCCAACCUGACCGAGCUGAAAGCCAGCGCCUUGGAGUUGUCAUUGCAGCGGCAGGAAUUGAAAAUUCUCAUCAUUUUGCCACAUGCCAGGGACGGUCUGCCGCAACUCCUACGGCGUCUAAGUGCCAAUGUGACGCUGCUGGAUGAAUUGUGUGGCAUGGAGAGCGAUAUGGUGGAGCAGCCGACGGUGGCGGCGGCGGGGAGUGGAGUCAGCCAGCAGCGUCGACAUUUGGACUCGACUUUGGUGCGCGUUUCCCUGCCACAGUUUCAAUUUACACAACGUACCAACUUGGAUGGUGUUUUUAAGCAGUUACUAAACGCUACAGCGAAUGUUGAUCUGCAUUGGCCCAGCGCUUGGCAGGUAACACAAGAGACGCAUUUUGCCGUUAGCGAAGAUGGUAUUGGUGAUUUGGAGACAUCGAUGGUGCUGUUCUGGAACGCCUUUUCGUCGUUACGCUCAAAACCUUUGCUGUUCAGUGUCGAUCAUCCAUUCUUGUUCAUCGUACACAACCGAAGGGGUAUACAGUUAUUGGGGCAUUUGGCAGAGCUACAUGACUGAGUGGGCGUGUAGCGCGCUGCUAGUACUUAAGGCAAUGUGUGGUGAGCAAAUGUGGUCAAUAAAUUCAAAACUGUAGAAUUUUUUGAAAAAAAUGU